AUGGCCUAUUCUUUUCUCAGGAUUAAGAUAGGGAAUGGGGAUGACACAUUCUUCUGGUGGGAUCCGUGGACUCCCUUUGGCUCACUAAUUCACUAUCUUGGACAAGAUGGACCUUCUCGGCUAGGUAUCCCUUUGUUUUCAACAGUUAGUGAACUUAUCUCAGAGGAUGGAUGGAGUUUGCCAGCUGCAAGGACUGAGAAUCAGGUAGAGCUUCUUGCUUUCAUCUCUACGAUCCAUCCGCUUUCAAUGAGUGAUCAGCCUAAGUGGUUAAUUGAUGGUUCUGUGCAAAAGACUUUCUCCUCAAAAAAGACUUGGACUGUGAUUCGUGAGGCACGUCAUAUGGUUUCUUGGUUCUCGCAAGUGUGGAACAAAGCUAGGAUCCCUAAACAUGCUUUCACGGUUUGGCUUUUUGUGCUAAAUCGCAAUCCUACUUUGGAUCGUCUACGUAGAUGGGGUUGUGAUGUAGAACAAAUGUGUUUUUUAUGUGGGAUGGAGAAUGAAUCACGUAAUCAUUUAUUCUUCCUUUGUACAUAUUCAAAGGCGGUGUGGGUAGCUACGGUUGACAGGUUACUUUCUUACACCCCUCCUUUCGAUUGGGAUGAUAUCUUACAAUGGCUACCGACGGCAAAUCCGGACAAAGUAUUUUCUUUGGCUUUGUUACAAGGUUGGCAGGCUUGUGUAUAUGAAAUAUGGCUCGAGCGGAACCGGCGUUAUCAUAAUGGCAUUACUCUAUCUCCAAGGAGGAUCUUCUCAAAGGUCCUCUCUGUUGUAAGAAACAAGGCACAAAGUCUGGAUCUUCAAUUCCCAUAUCGUGCUUCGCUCUCCCCUUGUUGGGCCCGUCCCUCUUCCUUCCAGUUUCAGCCCCCUUGA